AAACGUAACGCCUUAAAACACCACAAAAUAGGAUUUCCCGCUAUAAUAUUUUCUUAUCCUACUUGGGGAUAUUUCCUUUUUGAGCUAUUUUGAAAAAAUAGCUCACAUGUCAGUGGUGUGAGCGUAUGUAACUUUGUGGCUUUGUAUCUUUGUGGCUUUGUAUGUUGGGAUGUUUGUUGCAAGAGCCAAUAAGGUUGAAGGUACUAUGAGUUGAUGCUUAGGAACCAAUGAGAUCUUGGCAUCUAUUUAAACAUGGCAUUGGUAAAGGUCGAACAAGGGCAGUUUGAGACCGCCAUCUUGAUCCUUCACAAUUUUUUCGUCUUUUAUUACGUGAACAGGUGUUUGGAAGCAUUACAUAAAAUAUCUUCAUGAUUCAAACGCUGUGAACAGUGAAGCAGCUGUUUAAGGGUUCAUGUUUAAGUGUGGAUGCUGCUUUGAGGCAUUUCUGAACCUAAUUCGGCUAUCGGUACAACGCACGUCAGUAUAAGUUCUGUUUCACCUGCUACAACUGGGUAGAGUAUAGAAGAUCAUAUAUUUUCAAAUCUCUUCCAGUGAAGUAAUAUAGACUUUAAUUCGAAAGUAUGCGCCCUAUAAAACGUGGUUUUAGAAGCUUAAAAGGCGGCUUAUUUUUUUGAAAGCUGUAUCGAGUAUUGUUAAUCCUGUAAAUAAGCUUUAAAAAUAUUAUUCUUUCGCUUACAAAGAUGAACCGACCUUUUUCGUUCUAUUUAGUAAAGAUGCGUAACUUAAGUACAAACAGUAGCGUUAGGGAAUAAAAUUGGAAGAAGCUAGUUGACACAAUAAAUAGAUACUGUUAUAUUGAGUGGAGUAACAUGAUAUAAGUAGAAAUAUAUUUUGGCAGUUUGAUAAUUUUCUUGUAGGUUAAUAAAUGUUAGGCUAUCAACCUUGACGUUGCAUGAAACAUAAUUUAAUUACAGAUGUUGUAAUAAAGCCGAGGUGAUUUCUUAAAAUCGUUUGAGAAAAUUUUGUAGUAAAACAAUUUACCUCUUUUUUACGUACGAAUUGUGAAAGGGCCACAGACCAACAUCUUCACAUGCAAAUUGUGUGCAUGAGUUAUUUUUAUAAUUCUGUUUACUAGAUUACUGUGUGAUAACUCGAAUUCCCUCACAUACGAACCACGAAAGGGGGCAAAGUCCAACACUUUCACGUGCCCGCUGUGUGAAUGUACAUCACAUGCAGAUUGGCUUUUCACAAUAAUAAUAGUAACUUGGACGUAUGAAGACCUGUUUCGUUUAGUAACCAAUGCCUUAAAAAAGGCUUUUGUCUUUUAAGAAGCAAUAGCUUUUAAAACAUGACGAAAUAAGUUGUCGGAGUUAAAGACUGUUUCACAAAUGUUAAUAAAUGUUAGGUUAUCAACCUUGACGUUGCAUGAAACAUAAUUUAAUUGCAGAUGUUAUAAUGAAGCCGAGGUGAUUUCUUAAAAUCGUUUGAGGAAAUUUUGUAGUAAAGAAUUUGCCUUUUUUUGACGUACGAAUUGUAAAAGGGCGAAAGACCAACAUCUUCACGUGCAAAUUGUGUGCGUGAGUUAUUUUCAUAAUUCUGUUUACUAGUUUACUGUGUGAUAACUCGAAUUCCCUCACGUACGAACGACGAAAGGGGGCAAAGUCCAACACUUUCACGUGCCAGCUGUGUGAUUGUACAUCUCAUGCAGAUUGGCUUUUCACAAUGAUAAAUAGUAACUUGGACGUAUGAAGACCUGUUUGGUUUUGUAACCAAUGCCUUAAAAAAGGCUCUUGUCUUUUGAGAAGCAAUAGCUUUUAAAACAUGAAGAAAUAAGUUGUCGGAGUUAAAGACGGUUUCACUGAGUAGAAUCGCACGUGAAAACCUCGUGAAUUAUGAUGAUGCAACCAUCUACCACCAUGAUAAAAAUCCUGGUAUUUCGUAACUAUUCAGUAUUCGGUGAGUCAUAUUUUGGCUUAAGAAACUCCGAGGAAACCUUAGAGUUUUCCUUCUAAUCAACGUUUGGUGAGUAGAAAUUUAUUUCACUUUAUUUGUUGAACUUGCACCAGAUGUAACAGGGAAAGACAGAGGAAAGUGAAUAUAUAGCUUUAGGAUCGACUCAGCUGAGCGUUUCGCGUUUUCAUUUAUGUACUGCAAUACGCAAUUUCGCACAAAAAUCCAAUCUACAUUUAGAUGAAAGAGGUAGAUUCAUCACUCUUGGUAAGGUUACACCGAAGCAUUAAAGUUACACUGACGCAUUCAAAAUAGCUCAUGCACGUUUAAUCAGUGGCUGCAUGUCCUGGAUAAUUACACGAAAAUCAAGGGCCUUCAUCCGAGGAAAAUUACAUCAUUGAUAAACAAACUUUACAGGAAUCACAAAAAACUUAUUUGGGUUAUUAAAGAACAUAAUCUGCAAACAUUUUGUUUUGCAUCCCAUGUAUUUGCAUGUUGAGCAAUGAACAUCAGUGAAACUUGAUCUAGGCCUGUUUCAAACGUCGUCCUACUGCCGUGCUAAGUUGGCUCGACUGUAGUUUAAUUCAGUGUAAUAGAACGGCUGUUGCCGAAAACAAAAGACAAAAAUAAAGAAACGGUUUAGCAAACUUUUAAAUUUAUUCUAAUGUAUUUAUAAUUUAUGAAUUGAGUUUGGCACGGCAGUAGCGCAAUGUUUGAAACCAAGUCGAGCUACCACCGUGUAUAUAGCACGGCAAAGCUUGCCGUGCUACACAGCAGUAGCACCACUUGGUUUCAAACCAUAGUACCACUUAGUUUCAAACGUCGUGCUACUGCCGUGCUAAAGUCGAAUUUAAUUCGAUCAAUUUAGUUUGGCACGGCAGUAGCACGACGUUUGAAACGGGCCCUACUUCGUUGCCUGGCACGUGAUCGCAAGUCUCCAGGAGGAUGAAACGUCGCUAAUGUUUUAUGGCAAAGAAGUUGAUUUCACGAGAAGUCUGUUCAACAAAUAGCAUGACUUGAACGGUACUUCAUUAGAAGUCAAUAAAAUACGGCACAGCUUUUGUUUGGGUUUUCACGCUCAACAGAAAUUCGCACAAAGUUGUUUACAAGAAGCUCGAGAAAUAAGCGCUGUUCGUUCUCAAUUAGCUUAAAUUUUCAUUAGACUAAUCUGUUAUCGAGUCCACAAUUGAGAUACAUGUUCGACAUGAAGGAAUUGUUUUUAAUCGAUCCGCUAAAAGUCAUUCCCGGAGAAACACAUGACGAUCUGUUGAGAAUUGUGAUCGAAUUGCCCAAAAGUCAAUAAGACUUUCGUCGAUUUCAUCACUAGUGAUUUUAACAGUCCUCUUUCAAGUAAAAGGCGUUAAAGCGUUUAGACAAAUCGUCAGAGGGUUUGUACAAACCGUUAGAGCAUUUGGGCAAAAUGUUAGAGCGUUAGAAAAGCCGUUAUCUAUCCGUUAGUUUUGUGAAGAAUAAUGGAUUUUCAUCAGUGUACGUUUCCCCAAAGAAGAAAGACACCUAUCCUGGGGGCCAGAUUGGCAACCAGGCGUAAAAAUUUGGUCGCCACUGAGUAAAAGCUGGUCGCAUUGGCCACCACACAGGUCGCAACAUCGAGCCCUGUAUAGGGUAGCAAAAUUCAGCCGAACCAGGUGUGGUAUAAGCUGAGGAUUCUGGGGUCCCAGCAGCACAUCCCCUCUCAAAAGAACCCCCAGCCCAGGGUGUGUGGCUUAACUUAUAACAGACAAGUCUAUCACUGCAAUGUCCUACUCCUUCAUAGUGAGCCUGCCCUAAUAGGCACUGACCAUGUACUGUUUUUGUUUCUUGUCUCUGUGUGUUGUAGCUCACCACAUUUGAUGGAAGUCAGAGAGAGGAUCAGAAUAAAUGGCAAACCACUUGCCAAAGACAAGUUUGCACAAUACUUUUUUGACUGCUGGGAUAAUCUUCAUAAUAAUGUUGAUGUAAGUGGCCAAGAGCUCUUAUCCGCCGUCCACAUAAUCAUACAAGCCCACGGUCACACAUUUAUCCUGUCAUUUAUUAUUGGAGGGCUCCUAUCUUGUGCACUUCUACGAAAUUUACUUUUGGAAAGUACACUACACACUUAAUAUACAGCAGGGAAUCCUUUUUUUUUUGGUUCAUAUAAUUUCUUGAUAAUUGCAUAUACUGUUCUGUACACAUGAUUGCUUGUUGACAGCUUAAUCAAAACAUAGGUCAAUGUGAAAAAUAUACCACAAUGUUUGUAAAACUGCUGUUUGUUCUUUGCACAAACUGCACAUGCGAUAGCCUGAAUUUCCAAAAUACCAUAUUGUAAUCUACAAUCUGCAGGUAAUAAGCUUCUUUGAAGGGUAAUGAAAUUAUUAUUAUUAUUAUUCUGGCCUUUUUUGUGUUAAAAUGCAAUGGAAUUCAGAGUAAGUGUGGGAAGAUUGUUCUACAAUUAAUCAAGGUUGUCCUAUGAUUUAAGAAACCUUUUAGCUUGCUUCUCUUAUCAUUUGUAGGCAAACUCCUGUGGACAAAAGACACAACCGUUCAUGAAUAAAUUUUUUGAUAUGCCAAAAUAAACCCUAUGAGUCACAGAGCAGCAUAGUUUUAUGUCUGAGCUCAUUUGAGAUAACAUGAUACUGGAACUGUUAACUUAUCAGGUAAUUUUAAUUUAUACUCAUUUUGUAGGAUCAAGGGAACACCACUAUGCCACGGUACUUUAGAUUCUUGACACUGGUGUCCUUUCAUGUCUUCCUCCAAGAGAUGGUAAGCUGUUUGAUGGAGUCAGUCUGGCUGAGUGGUUAGAGUACAAAGUGCUGGAUUUGUAAUUUGGAGCCCUGAUUUCUAGUCCUGCCCUGACACCCAGCCUAAGAUUUCUUCUUAGUAGUCCCGAGUUUAAAUCCUCGGACAAACUUGGUUUGCCUCCAGCCAGUUAGGAUUGUUAACCCUGUUAAGUUUGAUUUAGAUUGUUUGUUUCAGGCAUUUGCUCGCCCCACUAGCAUUACUGCUAUAAAUUCGGCUGAGGGUAAUUAAUUAUUAUUAUUUGCUAGAACUAAUUUGCUUACAUUAUAUAAUGGUUUAAUUUUAAUAUUUGAAUGUUAACGUUAAUUUUAAUUAACUUUCAUUGGUGAGUAUUUUUAUUUAACGCUUUAAGGGAAGCCCUAUUAUAUGCAUAGUACUUCUCCUAACUGAUCUUCAUACAUUUCCUUAAAGAAUAGUUAAGAGACUUUAACAAAAGAUCAAAGCAUUUCGUUUUGAUGGUCAUUUUAUUCAUUCUCCCAACCUUUUUUCAUUAAAAAAGGUUUAAUUAAUUAAUUAAAGGCUUGUUUAUAGUGGAAAUUGCAUGUAGCUUAUCCAGUUAGUUUAAAGGCACUCCACUUAAAUGAUUAGAAAAGAAUAAUUUAAAUACAACAUAACAGGAUUAAAAACCCUAACUGCCAGGAGGCAACCAUUUGGCUGUUUACAAGUGUGGUCGAGGAUUUCAACUCGGGACAUCCUAGAACAAAUCCAGCAAGUGGCUGCAGCAAGACUCCAACCUGGGACCUUCAGAUUGCGAGUCUGAUCUGGCGCGCUGACCACUCAGCCAUGCUGCCUCAUUAUUUGGUAUGAUUUAACAGCUUAGCAUAUACAUGUUACAACGUUAAUAUUGUUCUCUUUGCUUAAAAGGUUGAUGUUGCCAUUGUAGAGGUUGGGGUUGGAGGUACUGAUGACUCUACAAAUAUUAUUCGGUAAAUGCUAUAAAUAAAUAGUCGCAAUUUAAUACCCUCCAGUCUGCCUCUCAUGAUACCAACAGGAUUAAGAAACCCUGACCUCAAACACGUUACAAUCAUUGGAAUAUAAUGUGAUUAACCAUUUAGAAACAUAAUGUGCCAAGGGAAUUGUGCAAUGUGAUUGGUAAAAGAGGUAAGGUAAAGUGUGACUGGUAUUCCUAUGUCAAGGUUAUAUUUGGAGUUUGUUAUAUCCAUGUUUCACUGUAUACGUAAAGCAUUUUACAUUCUGAAUACCUUGAAAACAUAACUUUAAAAGCUAUUUCUUUUGUCUUUCCUAAUAAACAAAUAAACUUUCCUACCAGCACACUAGCUCCAUGAACCAUCUUGUGCCUUAACUGCCUUGUGCCAAUGUGCUUUCUCACAGGACGCCUGUGGCAUGUGGAGUAACAUCACUAGGCAUGGACCACGUCAAAAGGCUAGGUGGAACAUUGGAAACUAUUGCCGGCCACAAGGCUGGAAUAUUCAAGGUAUUUAUACAAAAUAAAUGGCCUUUACAACGUUUAAAGAAAGUGCUAACCCACACUUAGUAGCAAUGUGAUGUGUAGACGUUGAUCCCAUGCUAGUGAUGCAUAUGUUACAGGUCAGGUUGUAACCAUUAGAUAAUGUUGCAACGUUGUGUUGCGCUAAAAAUUGUCGUUGCGAAUCGUCCCGUGUAAAAUCGACUUAAAAGUGAAGUCAGCAGGGCUUGACGUUGCGACCUGUGGGGUCGCCAAUGCGACCAGCUUUUACUCAGUGGCAACCAAAUUUUCACUCCUGCGCCACUACGUUGUUAUUGCGUUACUUUCAGCGGUAUCUAGCGCGCGCAUGCGCCCGUGGCUCAUCUUUGUAAUUUCAUGCGGUUCUCGUUCGGUCUUCAGUAAACCUUCGUUAAGACACAGUUUGUCCUUAUUGGCGUGGUGGCAGCGGCUUUUACCCACGUACGGUGGACCCUAACACAAGUGUGGUCGUCUGGAACCUGUGACCCUUAUUUUCACGAAGUGCGAAGAUCAACAAAUCAACGUGAAUUCGCCGUAACCGUUCGUGUAGGAAAACCAACAUGGCCGCCGCUCCCAGGGCGCCUAAACAAUGGCAGCUUACGAAAAACGAGACCAUCACCUCGUACGAAAGUUGGAGGCAAAACUUAGUCUACACCUUAUCCCUGGACAAGAACUUUGUCCCAUUUUUAGAGGCCACAUGGCAAAAACAAACCGCCGCCAACCCUCGAAGAGGCCUUACGAAUGAUGGCACGUCUGUACCUGAGGCACAACGACUUACUGCCGCUCAGAAAAAUGCCCACCUGGAUCUUCUGCUCGGACAGAUUGCCAAUUUUUGCCCCGUGAUCUCCAGGAACUCCAUAGUAAAGCACUCUACCUCUCUGAAUGACAUUUGGCAGAAAAUUCGCCAGCAUUUUGGGUUCCAGUCCUCCGGAGCCCAUUUCCUCGACCUUGCAAGCAUCAGCCUUCAAACUGCUGAGCGACCAGAGGACUUAUUCCAACGCCUCAUGGCCUUCUUCGAAGACAACCUCCUUGCAGUUAAUGGUGGCCUAACCCACCACGGUGAGCAGGUGACCGCAGAUGAAGAUCUUUCCCCAUCGCUCGAGAACACUAUAGUAGUUCUGUGGCUGCAGCUGAUCCACCCUGGCCUACCAUUACUGGUAAAGCAGAAGUAUGAUUCUGAGUUGCGUAACAAGACCCUUGCCUCACUCAAGCCAGAGAUCUCACAAGCACUUAAUUCCCUCCUUGAUGAACUACGCUCCAUAGAGGACACCAAAGCCAUGCGUAUUAGCAAUGUCAACCCCAGACGCACCUCUAAUGGCGGACAGGGCCAACCACGCCGCCGUCCAUUUGUAUCCUGUAUUCUCUGCAAAACCGCUGGACGCCCUCACAACACCCAUGAUCUAAUGGAGUGCCGUUACCUGCCUGAUCGUGACAGGAGACCAUUGGCCCGCUCACGUCUUAUAAACGACGAUCCUGAUGAGUUUGCGACCGGCGACUGUGGCCCUUAUGAUGAGUGUUGCGAUCAUGCCCUCCCGCCUGAGCAUAGUGAUGUCCCUACUGCACCUACUGCACUCCGUGUCAGCAUCAUUCAAUCACCUGUUCUCAACACCUUUUACCACGAGCACCCCGUGCAGCUCACCCUUGAUACUGGCGCCACGUCUAACAUGGUUCGUGCCUCGGCCGCUAAGUUAUAUGGCCUACCUGUUACCCCAGCUUCUCAGAUGGCCCGCCAAGCCGAUGGAGUUACCCCUAUGGAUGUGGUGGGUGAAGUGCAUUGCACUCUCACUCGUGGACAGCAAGCAUUUAAACUAGACGCCCUAGUUGUUCGCCAACUCGAUGUUGACUUUUUAGCGGGAAACCCCUUCCUGGCCCGAAACGACAUCGGCAUCCGUCCUGCCAGGCGCCAAAUUGUAAUCGGCGGGUCUGACGUAAUCCACUAUGGUACUGCUUCCAAACACACUACUCAACCAGCUGUGCGACGCACCCAGUCCUUUCUCCUACGCAACCCGCAACGCACAGUUAUACUGCCAGGAGAGUACGUUCAGCUUGACACCCCUUGUGAUUCUGACCCAGAUACGUUAUGGGCCCUUGAACCCCGACUAGACUGUCCAUCCAACACCCCCCUCAAGGCAGAAGGAGCAUGGCCCCCACCUCAACAAGUCCUCUCUGUGGACCACGCUGUACGCAUAAUCAAUACGACUGACUCUCCUAUACUUCUUCGGACCGGCGAGCAGCUGUGUCAUGUAAGGCAUGUUAUACCUGUUGACAGCAUAGACACCACAUCUGCCCCUACCUCUACAGCCACUACUGCCCCUACCUGCUGCCAGCCCUUCUCCACUAAUGUGAUCCUUGACCCCGAUGGCUGCUUAGACGAGGACAUUCGCGACAAGUUCAGAGCACUGAAUCUGGAGUUUGAUGAUGUUUUCAACCCCACUAUCUCGAAAUAUAACGGCGCUAGCGGUACCAUUGAAGCUGUUGUCAACAUUGGCCCCACACUCCCCCCUCAGCGUAAAGGCAGACUCCCACAGUACAACAGAAGCACCCUUGAGGAAUUGCAAGCCAAAUUUGACGAGCUCGAAGUGGCUGGUGUGUUUGCCAGACCUGAACAGGUGAACGUACACGUUGAGUACUUGAAUACCUCCUUCCUUGUUAAGAAACCUAAUGGGGGUAGCAGACUUGUGACAUCCUUCGGCGAAGUUGCCCAGUAUAGCAAGCCCCAGCCUUCUCUAAUGCCUAACGUCGAUGGUGUACUGCGUGAAAUUGGGAAGUGGGAGUAUAUAGUUAUCUCGGACUUGUUAAAGUCGUUCUAUCAAAUUCCACUGGCUCACUCUUCCAUGAAGUACUGUGGGUAGCCACACCCUUUAAAGGCAUCCGUGUUUAUACCCGCUCUGCUAUGGGCAUGCCUGGGUCGGAAACAUGCCUCGAGGAGCUAAUGUCUCGAGUUCUGGGUGACCUAAUUCAAGAGGGUUGUGUUGCCAAAAUUGCUGAUGACCUGUACGUUGGUGGGAGCAACCCUACAGAUGUCCUUCAUAAUUGGCGGCGCGUUCUUUCCUUGCUUCAACGCAACAAUCUUCGUCUCUCCGCGCCCAAAACACUCAUCUGUCCCAGAAAGGCCACCGUGUUGGGUUGGGUAUGGUCUAAUGGCACCCUACAGGCUAGCCCCCACAAGUUAGCCGCAUUAUCCUCUGUUGACCCUCCUACUACUGUUCAAGGCCUACGAUCUUUCGUUGGUGCAUACAAGGUGCUCAGCCGAGUACUCCCUAAGUUCGCUGAAUUGCUGGACCCCUUGGAUCAGGCCACCGCUGGAAAGGAAUCUCGAGAAAGACUAGUGUGGUCCGAUGAGUUACUCCUGUCUUUCAAGUCCGCCCAACAUGCCUUGGAAAACCACAAGACCAUCACAAUCCCCCAACCCCGCGACGCUUUGUGGAUCGUGACAGAUGGUUCUGUGAAGAAUAGAGGCAUCGCAGCCACACUCGACACCCACCGGAACGGUAAACUGCUGUUGGCUGGUUUUUUCAGCGCGAAACUGCGAAAGCAUCAAGUGACCUGGCUACCGUGUGAGAUCGAAGCUCUGGCCAUAGCUUCCUCCAUCAAGCACUUCGCCCCUUACAUUAUCCAGUCAUCCCAUACACCCGAAGUUCUGACGGACAGUAGGCCUUGUGUCCAAGCCUACGAUAAGCUUAGGAGAGGAGAGUUCUCAGCCAGCUCCAGAGUUACCACCUUCCUGUCUACAGUCAGCCGCUAUUCUGUCCAUGUGCGCCACAUUGCAGGUGUUGAAAACCUCCCUCAGACUUCGCCAGCAGGCACCCAAGAGAAUGCUUGGACUCCAGCUGUCAGAUUUGUCGCUUUAUUGCGGAGUUGGAAGAUUCUGUUGUGCGCAGCAUCUCCGUGAGCGAAGUCCUAGAGGGUUCUGUUCGAAUGCCCUUCACCAGCCGCGCCGCAUGGCAAGCUACCCAGCUGGAAUGCCCUCACCUCCGGCGAACCCAUUCUCACCUCAGUCAAGGUACCCGACCUUCAAAGAAGGCUACCAAAAUAAUUGAUGUCAAACGCUAUCUUCAGGACGUCGUCAUCGCCACUGAUGGUCUUCUCGUUGUCAAAGACCACCCGCCUUUCCAGCCCCCUCGCGAUCGCAUUGUUGUCCCUCGCACUGUUCUUGAUGGACUCCUGACAGCCCUUCACAUCCGUUUCAGUCAUCCUUCCAAGUACCAAACCAAGCGCCUUUUUAGCAGGUACUUUUUGCUCUGGACCUUGACAAAGCAAUUGAGACUGUCUCUUCCUGCUGUCACACCUGUCAAUCUCUGAAGACUAUCCCUAAACACCUGCACCCGCAGUCAUCUGCCGAUGCUCCUCCUACCAUUGGCGUAUCAUUUGCAGCUGAUGUCGCUAAGCGUCAUCGUCAACUGAUCAUGGUUCUAAGGGAAACAGUGUCUUCGUACACCGUGUCUUCCUUCAUCGCGAGUGAAAAACUCGAAGACCUCCGCAAUGCCAUCAUCAUGCUCUGCUCUCAGCUCCGUUCCCUUCGCGAUGGAGGGGUGAUCGUCCGCGUUGAUCCUGCCCCUGGCUUCUCCGCCCUUGCCAAAGACAGAGUACUCCUCUCUUAUGGGAUCACCCUGGAGGUUGGUAGGCCCAAAAACCCUAACAAGAAUCCUGUGGCUGAGCGCGCGAUCGAAGAGCUAGGCUUGGAGAUCCUCAACUUGUCUCCUGAGGGAGGCCCCGUCUCUCAAACUACGCUGUCCUUAGCAACGGCCAAUAUGAACUCCCGCAUCCGCCGUGAUGGCCUCUCAGCUCUUGAGUUGUGGACGCAACGCGACCAGCUCACUGGUGCGCAGCUUCCAAUUGUCGACCGCCAGAUUAUCCUCAGUCAAAACUUUUCCCGCCAGCAGAAUCACAUGCCGAGUGCUAAGUCCAAGGCCCAUGGCUUUACCAAAGCCUCCAUCCCCACUGUCCUUGUUGGUGACCUUGUUUUCAUCAAAGGUGACAAAGACAAACUGAAAGCCCGCGACAAGUAUCUUGUGAUCGGCAUCGAUAAAGACCUUUUCUGUCAGCUCCGCAAGUUUACCAGUUCACAGUUCCGCAGUAAGGUCUACACCAUUCCUAUGUGUGACUGCUACCCUGUCACCCCAACUGUCCUAGCUCAGACUCCACAAGGACCCAUCCGUGGCCAAACCGAAUCCACUGCUUCUGACUCUGACGAUGAUCCUGUUCCCGUCGUCCCUUCACUAAGACCCCCUACAGUGCUUGCUUCUCCACCAGUGGAUACCUAUACUGUUCCGGUACACCACUCAGUGUCUCCAGCUCAUUCUCAGCUACCCGCCCAGGAACACCCCCCAAUUCCUGAAGUCAUUAUGCCUUCUCGGAGUCCUCCACAAGCUCCCCUGGACCCCUCUUUUACUGAUGAUGCACAGCCGACGCCUGCUGCUGUUAUCCCCACUAGGAAAUCUGACCGCUCAUGAAAAGCCCCAUUUUGGCACAAUAAGGACUGGGACUUUGACUAAUGACUCUGCCGUGUACUCUCUAGCCGUAACUACGGUCUUUACCAUGAACUGCGUAUUUUAUUAGCUCACUCGUACCUUAUCAUAAGGGGGAAUACACCCCACCGUUACAUUCAGUUUCAUAUUUAUUCUAGCUCUUUCUUUACUUUUAGCCGUUGUUAUCCUAUGCGGUUUUAGUCUAGUGCUCGUAUCAGUUCAGCCUAUUGUUCAUGUUUUAUUUCUUAGUUAGGGUAGGAAAGAAGGAGGAGGCAAUCACGCCACUACGUUGUUAUUGCGUUACUUUCAGCGGUAUCUAGCGCGCGCAUGCGCCCGUGGCUCAUCUUUGUAAUUCCAUGCGGUUCUCGUUCGGUCUUCAGUAAACCUUCGUUAAGACACAGUUUGUCCUUAUUGGCGCUGGUCGCCAACCUGGCCCCCAAGAUAGGUCGUCCCGUGUUUCUCCUGGACUGACUUUUAGCGCAUCGAUUGAAAACAGUUCCUUUAUGGCGAACAAGUAUCUCAGUCAAUUGCGGACUCGAUAGCAGAUUAGUCUGAUAAAGAUUUAAACUAAUCGAGAACGAACAGCGCUUAUUUCUCGAGCUUCUUGUAAACAACUUUGUGCAAAUUUCUGUCAAGUGUGACGACCCAAAUAAAAGUUCUGCUGUAUUUUAUUGACUUCUAAUGAAGUACCAUUGAAGUCAUGGUGUUUGUCGAAGAGACUUUUCGCGAAAUCAACUUCUUUGCCCUAAAACAUUUGUGACAUUUCCUCUUUCUGGAGACUUGCGAUCAUGUGCUAGGCAACGAAAUAGAUCAAUAGUUCAUUUCUGAACAUGCAAAUACUUGGAAUGCAAAACAAAUGUUUGCAGAUUAUGUUCUUUAAUACCCAAAUAAUUUUUUUUGUGAUUACUAAAGUUUGUUUAUCUAAAUGUGUAUUCCAUUUCCUGAACCUUAAGCUUGAAUACCUGUUUGAGGAGAUUUACACUUAAGUGCGGGCUCAUUUUCCCGAACACCGGCUGGUAAUCGAACCUCAAGCGAAAACUGUUCAAAAGAAAGUUCAAAAGGAAGUCUAAAGCAUUUUUUUUCUGUUAAGGCUAAGUAAAAGUAAGUAUUCUAGUCGCCAAAAAUUAUAUUUAAAUACAUGGGACGCAAAACAAAUGUUUAUUGUUUUCCAUUAAUUCUUAAAUAUAAUUUUUGGCGACUAGAAUACUUGUUCCUGUGACCAAAAAUGAAAACUUGGGGGCCUGACCCCAAGAUUUUUUUCUGAAAGUCGAGCACUGAAGUGGGCUUAAGAAGUUAUUCUAGUCAUCAGUGAAUCAUAAUGUUCGUCAGAGUAAAUUUAUAAGCUGGAAUUUAUUGUUUUAUAUGUUACAGGUCAAAAUGUUAUUCAGAUUAAAUUGUUUAAAUCUAGGUUGAUUCUCAAUUUUGUUUCAAUUGCUUCCUAGCCCUAAUUCAUGAAUAAUUUAAGGAAGGAGACAAAGGAAAUUGACAAUCAACCAAGUUAAAAAAAUUUAACCUGAAAUCAAAUUUGACCUGUAACACAUACACUUAUCUCCUAAACUAGCAAUACAGAGGGCAAUAAGAGCUACGGUGCAAAGUAAAGGAUACACUUACUAUAGCCUCUGAUAGUUGUUUCUUUUGUAAGUAAGUUCUCCAUUCUCAGACCCUGGUUAUGUGCUUGCUCCAUCUUUGGGUUGUGUAUAAAUUUGUUAAUUUCUCCUUUUAGCCUGGAGUACCAGCGUUCACUGUCCCCCAACCAGAUAAUGCUAUGGCGGUCUUAGCUGACAGAGCUAGAGAAAUUCAGGUACUUUCAUUCACAAACAUCUUUACACGUCUAAACACUUCUGAUUGCAUUUCUUGUUUAUACUGCAUAUGAUUUGUUAAAAGCCUCAGUUAUUACUGUGAUUUCUUCUUCUUCUUUUUUUUACAGGCUCCACUCCAAGUGGUUCCAUUAUUAGAACAUUACCCUGGAGAUAUGCCUGGUAACUUUUUCAAGCUGUUAUGUUGUUUUUAUUACUAGUAGUAAUCUCAGAUUAGGAAGGGCAUUCAAACUUUUUUAGGUUUACUGUCAAAUGUGACGUUAUUUCUUGAUAAAUUGUUGCUGCAAAAUGCUUGCUACAUGUUUUUUUAAAAAAGAAACAAAACAAAACGACUACGAAAAAAAGAAAAAAGCCUCACCCAGCAGGAGUCGAACCCGAGACCUUCGACAUGUUAGGGCAACGCAUAAUCCAUUGCGCCACGCAACCAUUGCUGAAACCAUAUGUGAAAUUAAUUGUAAGUAACAUUUUUGUACCCAUGAGAUAAAUUAUUCAAGAUGGCGCAAAAAAAUGCAGACGUACGAUGAAAUGAGUACCACAAAAGGCCACCAUUGAGUACCACAGGAAUCCCAAGAUUAUGUCUUGCGUUCUCCUAACGUCGAACGCAAUUAGCAAAGUGUAUAUAGCAUUAUGAUUAUCAUCAUCAUCUUAGAUGAGAACAGAUUUUCAAGCAGUCCUCAAAAAUUUAAUAAAUUAUAUAAGUGAUCUCAACACCAGUUGCUGGGCUGGUCAUGCAUUUAGUUAUGGAGUUACAGUCAGUGUUUAUUAAUACGGACACUGACGGGGCCAAACAAAGCAUCUGUAUAAAGUGGGUUGAAUUUAGAGAAAAUCUAAGGGUUUCUUUCCCCAGGGACAAAACAAAUUGUCUGUAAUAAUGAGGUAUCCGUAUUAAGCAGGGUUUGACUGUAUAAGCUUGUGAGGCAUGCAAAGGAGAUGGAUGGCUGUUUGUCAUGAGCAAUGAAGAGAAACUUUUGCCUGAUGAAUGUGGACCUUAUGCAGCCCCAUCAGGCCAAUGGUGAAAUGAUUGCCUGAAGAUUAUAAUGUUGAAUGAAGAAAAAUAUAUUAAUUUUGUACAGCGAUGCAGCUUUAAGAGGCGUGGCGUACAAACAGUAACCCAAUCACAUAUUAAAACCAGUACACGCUUGAAUCUUCCCUGGCCUUUUGCUUAAGCCUUUGCUAUCAGCCUUGCAAUAUCUUUGUUCUGAAAAUUCAAUUUUCAUUUCACUAGCUGUUGUUAGUUCCAGACAUUGUUGUUACCACACAGUCAGAUCAUACCACAACAACUUACAAAAUAAGUUUUUGGCCACCCACAUUAGAGCCUGUUCCAAAUUCAUUUCUUUUUUUUUAAUUUGUCGUAUUGUACCUUUAUCUAGAACUUGCCCUGGAAGGAGAGCACCAGUAUUUGAAUGCAUCACUGGCACUUCAACUUUGCACAACAUGGUUAAACAGGUCACUUGAGAAAGGCAAAACUAUUGAAGGUCUAAUUUUCUUUUACUUCUUCAGUGUUGUGUCAGUUUUCUAACAUUAUGUUGAUUAACAAUAAUAUUAUUGGAUGAGGCUGACUAAAAUAUUGUGAUUUGUCAGUGGUGAGCAGAUCAAUUUUUUGCCAAAGCUGAAAAGAGGUUGCGAGACACUGAUAAAUCAUGAUAUUUUUCAAUAAACGAGUUCGAUAAUUGUUUUAUCAUUCGAUCACCAAGUUUGAAUAUCUUUAGGAAGGAAGGGGAUCUGCCAUUUUCACGCAAGAGCGAUCGCGAGAAGGAGAAAAGCAUAGUGUCAUUUAUGAAUAAGCAGAAUAUUAUUUCUAGCCAAACACAGCCGGUUGCACAACAUUGUGCUUGAGCAGAGUGUUAUUUGUAGGCAGUUAUUUGCAGGUCAUGUGGUGGGCUCUUGGCCAAUAGAAAGAAAGAAAUAUUUGCAUUGUCAUAAUGAUAAUAUGUAAUAUUUAUUUCUACUGUUUAAAUUGCAGUUGUUGGUAAGCAAACAACCACAACCAACUCAUCAAGUAGAGAAGAGACUGCAGAUGAGCCUUCAUCCACAAAACCAAAACUUGAUGUUCCUGUGGCUAAAACAUUUGAAGUUUCUGAUGCUUUGAGGAAUGGUAAGAAUCAAAAUGUUUUACUAUCCAAGUAAUUUGAAUGAAUUUCAAAACAUAAAUGCUGCAGUGGUUAAUCAGAGACAUUUUUAGGGCCUGCAUAGGAGGCUAAGUUUAACUACCAUCUCUUGUACAAAUGUGUACUUAAGGUAGUGUUUUCAAAAGAGGCUGUUUAGUUUUCUGCUAGGGCUGUAAAUGACCCCCUUCUCUCAUUAGAAGGUUUACUGUAUAGAUAUUUCACUGUCAUUGACAUGUUGUCUUCAAUGAUAUUAAGGUCUUUCAGGGCAGCUGUUCUCUAGCAUCACCCAGUAUCAUAUGCUGGUUACCCUGUAUUUCACAGGUUUAGAGCUUUAAUAUUGGGCUGAUCCCUUCAAUUUUUUCUUGGAGCACAGCCUUGUCUUUAUUUCUUUGCACUUUAGAAUUUCAAAUUUGCAUAUGACAUCUGCAGCAAGCUUAACGCUUGGUCCUAAUAAAAAAGCCACUGUUUUCAAUGUUACUUUUUGAGCAUGAUUGUACUGUUUGGGUCAGAUUUAGAAGUAGUCAUUAUUUUUUAGAUUUUUAUGGAAAGCAGUAAUAUUUUUUGGUGAUCUAGUUAAUUUCUUAUUUCCACGUUUUGAUAAUGAAGGCUUAAAGAAUACAAGAUGGUGUGGACGAAAUCAAGUCAUUGUAAGACCAAGCGUUACCUUCUAUCUGGAUGGUGCUCAUACACGAAGGAGUAUAGAGGUUUGUUUAGGAAAUAGAAAUGCUGCAUUUUCUCGUAUUCUGAAACUUAAUUUUUGUUGCUGAAUGAACCUACAGUCAACUCCCGUUAUUGUGGACAUCCCCGGGACAUCCCCCGUAAUAGCUUGCUUCUUUCUAAUUUUUCUAAAUUCUUUGAAAGAGUUAUGCACAAUCGUAUUACAAAUUUUUUAGAUCGUUUAGAUAUCUUAUACUGUUGCCAAUUUGGAUUUCGUAAAAAAUAUUCUACAGCGCUGUCUUUAAUUCAUCUUAUUAAUAAAAUUGCAACUGCUAUUGACAGAAGCGAAUAUACAGUUGGCAUAUUCUUAGACUUAUCAAAAGCAUUUGAUACUUUAGACCAUCAAAUACUCUUGUCUAAGCUUGAGCAUUAUGGGAUUCAUGGGCUAGCACUUAGCUGGUUGAAAAGCUAUUUGUCAAAUCGCGUGCAGUUUGUCCAGUACAAAGAGACUUGUUCUAUUAGGCUGACUCUGAGCUGUGGAGUCCCUCAAGGUUCUAUAUUAGGACCAUUAUUGUUUGUUUUGUAUAUCAAUGACCUCCCUUGUGCUACUCGUCUUGCUGAAACUAUGCUUUUGCAGAUGAUACUAGUGUGUUUUAUUCUAAUCCCGAUUUAAAUUGUGCUAUUUCUGCCGUAAAUAAUGAUUUAUCUCAAAUUGAUCUUUUUUAUGAAAGCAAAUAAGCUCUCUGUUAACAUAACGAAAACUAAUUAUAUCAUUUUUGCAGCAAGGCAAAACCAGUCGGCUUCCCAAUAAAUCCUGUCUUGUACGAUGAGGUUUUAUUAAAACAAGUAAAGGUAGUUAAAUUUUUAGGGUUUUUAUCGACGAGCAUCUAACGUGGAAGCCGCAUAUUACUUAUAUAUGUAAGAAAAUUUCAAAAUCUAUUGGCGUCAUGUUUAGGUCUCGUUUCUUUCUUUCUGAAACAACAAAAAGUCUCUUUAUUAUACCUUAAUUUAUCCUUAUUUAACAUAUUGUACCACAGUUUGGUCCUCCACUUAUGUAACAAACCUUAAUAGAAUUUUUUCUUCUACAAAAAGCGAGCAGUACGAAUUAUUACAAAUGCAGAUUUUCGCGCGCACUCUGAACCAUUAUUUUUCCGUUUAAAGAUUUUGGACAUAUACAACAUUAAUUCAUUCUAUACUGCACAAUUUAUGUUUUCAUAUUAUCAUCAAUUACUGCCACCGCUUUUUUCGAACCUUUUUGUUACUAGUAGCAAUAUUCAUAAUUAUAAUACUAGAAGUUCCUCGCAUUUCCGUUCUCAUGCCUGCCGAACUAACACCAAACAAUUUUCUAUUUUGUUCCAAGGCCCUAAAAUUUGGAAUUCUUUACCAAACUCAGUCACUUCGAUUUUUACAUUGCAAUCGUUUAAAACGAAAGUUUUUGAUUUUCUACUAUAUCGAUAAUGCGUCUUGUACUGUCCGUUGUUGUGUGUUGUUAUAGUUCUAUUGCUUAAUAUUAUUGUAACGAGGGGGCCUCCUCGUACAAGCCUUGUGGUUUUCUGAGGUCCCCUCGCCACAUCUUUGUAUAAUGUAAUGCUUGUGUAAUCUUUAUUGUGGGAAAAUAAUAAAUAAAUAAAUAAAUAAAAUAAAUAGCGAGAGUCUGUAAUAACGGGGUGUGAGGAAAAGAGUGCUGUUAACAUUCAAUAAUAUUAUAAAUAACAGUAACUAUGUUUGUAAGGUUUUCUUAAAUCUUUGUGUAUUAAAUGUUCUACUUACCGGUAUACGAAUAACAGCUCAAUUAAUCGCAGUUCUUUAAUUUUUGCAUUGAACAACAAAACCUAGCGUAGUGUCUGAUACAUGUGUCGUGCUUUUUAAGAGGGACAACCACAGAGGACUGGCAAGAAUUUGCAGGAAGAGGAUUAACAGAGGUGGCUGCUUGGGGCUUGAGAUUGUAGUUAUUUAGGAGCUAUAAUGGCAACCCAAAAUAUCUUGCAAGAGUGGACGAACUUAUCAGCAGUACCAAACUGCUAAGCAGUUGUUGAUAAUGGAACACGAGGGCUUGAGCUCUCCUAAAGAGCCGGGAAGAAGUGAGGACGAUUGUGCAGACAAUUUAAGGAAUCGAUGUGAAAAUAAACAUUCUGGAAAUCUUUUGAAAUGUAUUUUGGCAAACGAUGAACAGUGGACUGUAAUCUUACAUAAUUAUGUUAUAUGAGAAGUACAGCGUGUCGGUCUAUUUCAAAACAAUAAAAUUAUCACUUUAGUACAAAGAAAGUGUCCACAAUUCCGUUAUAGCGAGAGUCAUUUCCAGUCAAACCCCUGAAGCUUUUGCCGGGGAUCUAAAUUUUAUCUGUAAUAGCGAGCAUCCGCAAAAGCGGGGUGGCCGUAAGGCGAGAGUUGACUGUAGUACUGUUGUAAUAUAUGUUGUGGUUCAAAUUUUUCAUUGGUUAAAACAAAAGUAAUAAUACGGAGUUUAAAAAUAACAAAGACAGCAACAAGAAUGUCAAAAAGUAAUUAUAAUACUGGUCAGUUUGAUAAUUAAACUGACCAGUAAUAUUUUUAUGAGAAAAACAACAACUCUGCAUGUGCAACACACUCUUUUUGUGAAUUCCUUUACCUUCACUGCACGGCGUUGAUGUGAAAAUGUCUGAUUUCAUGGUUUCUGAAAAAGGAAACAAGUGACAACAAAAUUUUCUUUCUCCGUCUGAUCGAGUCUGAAAUUGGAUGUAGUUCAGAAUAGGAAUUCAACGCCAAGAGAGUUUGCUUACAUUUGACAAAGUGAGAGUGAAGAAUGAUCAUCGCAGUAAAUUUUCCAAUUUAAGCAAUUGGAAAGAAGAAGCCUGAAAAAAAAAAAAGAUCGGGGCUUCAACGGGAUUCGAACCCGUGACCUCCGCGUUACCGGUGCGUUGCUCUACCAACUGAGCGAUGAAGCCACACAUUGGGAGCGAGGUCAAUUUAUUGAGUUCAUAUCUCCCGUGAGGAAGAAAAUGAAUUAUUUCACAUACUUCACAUCAUUUGACAAAAUUUAAACAAGCGAUGUGGAAUAGUGAUUAAGAUUGAAAGACAGCAAAUUCACUUUUAAUAGGAUGACAAGACGUUUUCGCUGCCAUUAUGAGAUGACUGUUGAGGACACCAUGCUUCCUUUGUAAAUCUGGGGGUACUAAUUUCUAUUUUGGUUUGUCUUGGUUGCAUUACCACAAUCUGAGACAAUAGAUCCAGAGUAAGCAUAAAAUAUACUGCUUUUUCAAGUUCUUUAGUAAACCGUUGUUAAACUUUAAUUAUCAGUGGUGCGCCAAGGUGAAAAUAAUUAACCCUAAAAAAGUUUCAAUAGCAUAUGCAAGUUUAAUCCCCCCUCUGCCAAAAAAAACCCCUUGAUCAGCUCCUGUUGACACUGUUGGUAAAAAUAGCAGUCAAAGUGUUACUUGCAAUAUGGCCAAAGUCUGUCCCUUAUAGAACACUUAAACGUUAUUCUGAACAGUCACUGUUGUAAAGAGAUGAAAUGUUGUAUAUAUGUGCUUUAAGUUUUUUCUUCUUUGAAACUUAUUAAUAUUUUUGCCAGGCUUGUAUGAAAUGGUUUAAAAAGAGAGCAGAUGAAGAGAAGGAGAAAGAAAGGUGAUCUUUAAAUGUUUUAUUGUAAAAUAAUUUUAUACAUAAAUUUGGAUUUGUCAACUGGAGUUGGCAAGAUAGAUUGGCCAUCUAUAGGGAGACAGAGAAGCUGAUGUAUCGAGCACUAUUCCUUUGUCAGGUUGAAUAGGCAUCUUUUUAGUGUCAUUAGAUCAUUCUGCACUGACCUUGUUACAAAUAACUGAUGUCAGCCACUGCUUAAACAAUACCACCUGUAUGAAAGGAAGGUGUUGUCAGUCCCAGUCCCUUGGAGGGCUUUUUGAUUUGAACCCCCCACCCUUCUGAAAAUUGCAUUUUAGCCUUAUACUUUCUUUUGCAAAUUUUGGUCUUUUAAUACCACCCACCCCCACCACCUUGCCCCUCAGAAUUUCGAGUGACACACCAUAGCCUGGGCUAAAAAAUUUUCUGGAACCACACAAUACUAUGAUGACUAAAUGCUUUGUCUGACCGUAUUUUUCAGUGUUUCAACUUUUAAGGAUCAAUUCCGUAUUCCCAGUUUUAUUUUACAUAAAGCCACAACGAUAGUAAUUAGAAUAUACACACUCAGUGAUCUUGGUGAUUUAAGCAAUCUGAUUGGUUCGCUAUCUCGGACUAUUCAACAAUAUUCACCUCCUUGCGAGUGGAUAAUGUGUGAGCUCGUUUUUUCUCACAUUUUCUUGGAGAAAGAUCUUUUAAAAGUCGACAAAAUCCUAGGGUUGACUUUUUUUCAGGCAAGAAAAAACUUCGAAGGAUUCAAAACGGCGUUUUUCCAUUUACUGUUGCUGAGUUUUGUGGUCGAUGGAUUGUUUACAACUCCCGUUUAUUCGCCUAGAAGAGGCCGUUUCGUGAACUCAGCGUUUCCUAACAAGAAAAAUUUGGCCCAAAAACGAAGUUUAUUUAUGACAAACAAAUUUGAAAGCAAAUGUUUGCAGAAAUUCUACGUUUCAAGUAAACACGAGAAAGAAUGCUACAUGAAGAGGACGUCUUACUUCGAGGAACCGAAUCGCCAUUUUUGUCAGCAUUUCAUGCGAAGAACGACACAAUAAUCCUUUUCGGCUAUAAACUUGGCGAGUCAACAGAAAAACAAUAGUGGCUUUAGGAAUAUUUACCUCGCCACUUCGUGGCUCGGUAAAUAUUUUGCCACUGUUCACCUCGAUUUCAAAGAAUAAUUGUUAAAUGUAUCAUGUUUCAUAGUCACUUGACAUCUUUGUGGUUUUCCAUUUCUGUACUAUCAACUGAAAAGCGUCAAACUAUUGAUCAAUGAAAACGGAAGGGCUCACAAAUCAUUAUGAAUGACCAUAUAAAGGAAACAUUUUAAAAGCUGUUUUAUAAUUUUUGUUAUUUUCAGUGGGAGUGUCAUACGUGUCUUGCUUUUUAACCUGACUCAUGGUCGGGAUGCUAAGAGCCUUCUUGAACCACUUGUGGUGUGUAAAGAGAAGUAACUAUAUAGAUAAAGAUUAUUGACAAAAACAAAGAUAAUGAAUCUGUUAUAUGUUGUGUUUUCUGCAAACUUCUUUCGGGGUCUUUGCAUUGUUUUGUUUUAUACCUUUUUAACAGUGUUCCAGCCAGAGUGCGCCAUUGCGUAAAUCCCGCAAAAGAUCGAGAGAUGGCCCCCACCAAAAGCGUUCAAGGACCAAUAUGGCCCUUUCCUUUUUUAAUUGCCUGGGCUUAAAAUGGUCUCUCUUAACUUCAACUACAAUAGUUUUCCAAUUAAACAGAUUUUUAAUCUAAAGAACAACGACUCCGUACCUUUGUACACAACAUGAAAAUCAAUCGAUGAAUCUUCUUGAGUUUACCUAAUUUACCGUGAGUGGUCUGGAGACCACUGAGCCUCGACUUGGCUUUUGUAAUAUCGCAGAAGCUCAUGGGUUAGACUUUCUCAAAGUCGUUACAAUCGCGCUUCGCGCUCAAAAGCUCGACUUUUGAGCAACGACUUGUGAGGAAGUCUAAUCAUGGGUAUCCAUCAUGGCGUCUCGAAAAAAGAUACGCUGUGGAUAUGGUCGGUAACCGGUCAAGGUUUUCAAAACACUAAAUGGCCCGCAGUCCUAUAUUCUCAGUAAAUUUCUCAAAAUCGAAAGGUUCCAGCUAAUCUAAACUAUCAUAUGUCGAUUUAGAAAAGUCAAGCGAUCCUGAAUUGCUUUAUAGAUCUCAAGUCUAGUGUUUGGUUUACGCUGAGCUCAGAGGACGAAACCAUGGUUUGUGACACGUAGAACUUUUUUCAGCUCGACUGCCGGUCAAGGUUUUUAAAACACUAAAUGGCCGGCAGUCCUAUACCGUUUUAAGCUCUUACGCAGAUAUACAUGUACAGUCGAACCCCGCUAUUUGGAAGUCCCAAGGGAAAUGGAAAAAAGUUCGAAAUAGCGGGGUUUCGAAAUAACCGGGGAAGCGUAAGGAGGAAGCAUAGGCGUACGGGCCGGGGGGGGCGAGGGGGGCUGCAGCCCCCCCAAAUUUUGGGCAGCGAGAGAAAAUUUGGGCAAAGGCAGCUUUUAAAGACGUUUUCAUGUUUUGUCAUUAGUAUUUUGAAGAGAUAAAUAUUUUCUAUUUUAACCUGAAGUCGGCGUAAUAAUCAAGUUACAUUCACACGAGACAGUGGCUGCCAAGCACGUGAUGAUUUUCUGUUUAUGAGGGAAGGGUUUUUUUUAAUCGUUGGGCACUGUACUACAAUGGGCUAUUUCCAAUCGUGAAUUGAUUAGAAUAAACUUCCGCCUACCUUUCAAGAAUCAUCUCCGCUUGUAGAACAGUGUAUGGCAGAUAGCAUCAGCGAUUGAUCUGAAAGUGAAGAAGUGCCUGACGAGUUCUCACUCUGAUUUACGAGAAGAAUCUUAAUUUUUUUUAAAAAAUCUAUCAAGUGGUUCAAAUUAUUCACUAAUUUGUUAAAGUAGACCGAAAUGUUUACAAAACCGUUAACAAGAGCGCCAUGAUACAUACUAAUGAAAUCCUUGUUUGUAGCAAUUGACCAGAAUUAUCUCUAAAAUAACUCACACACAUUUUUAAAACGAUUGAAGCUAUAUAUUAUGAGGUGAAAUUGCAUGUCAAAAGCGCUUCGUUUUCUACAGAUAUAACGGCUAAACAUCAAGAUUUUCCUUGUUUUACUCUAUUUCUAACGAUAAAAACUUUAUCCCAAAAUAUCCCGAUAACGCUCUCACAGAUUCCGUUUUAACUUCACAAACAUCGAGGCGACUAUUUGAGGAAAAAGCUCCCGAGAACGAUUUCAUAGACCUAGGUAAUGGCAUCAUUUCGUUGCUAUGACAACUCCGAUGUCAUUUCAACCUUGAUCAUGACAAAUUUUCAUCUUUACAUAAUACAACUGUCGUGGCAAUUUUUCCAAAUGUUUGUUUAUAGCAACUUAUAGUUUAUGCUCAAGCUUGGCAGGUAUAUAUUGACCCUGAAAAACUGUAUUGAGGCACUUUCGUAUGCCAGUACGACCUAUGUUGUUGCAUCGUAUGUCCCUUGUGUAAAAAUUUGGGCAACUUGCGAGAAUUUUUUGGGCAAAUGGUUUACCGCCCCCCCUGGCCGAAAAUUGCCCGUACGCCUAUGGGAGGAAGGGUAAAUCCAAGGGAAUUCGAAAUAGCGGGGUUCGACUGUAUCUAUGAAUUGUAGACAGGAUCAUGUAAUUUCAAAAGUGAGUCAAACAAUUAAUUAAUUAUUCUUUUUUAAGAGAAUAGGUAAUGCCACGUAUGUAACUGGAAAUACCUUAAUAAAUUUUUGUUGUUGCUGUAUUUGUGUAAAAAAGACAGAUAAAAAAACUGGCCUGACUGGGUGUGAAGAUAGUAACUUCUGUGAGUUGCAAAAAAGAGACGUCAGGACACUUUUAUACUUAUGGCUGGUGUUUUUUUUUUUUUUUUGAUUUUGUGAAAUUUACUGAGAUUAUAGGACUGCCAGCCAUUUAGUGUUUUGAAAACCUUGACCGGCAGUGGAGCUGAAAAGUGUCACAAAACAUGGUUCAGCAUAAACCAAACACUAGACUCGAGAUCUGUAAAGCAUUUCAGGAUCGCUUGACUUUUCUAAAUCGACAUAUGGUAGUUUAGAUUGGCUAGAAUCUUUCGAUUUUGAGAAAUUUACUGAGAAUAUAGGACUGCCGGCUAUUUAGUGUUUUGAAAACCUUGACCGGUUACCGGCCAUAUAGCCACAGCGAAAAAGAUAAACCUGACAAACGCAUCUUCGAGGUCUAUCAAAAGUUUUUUCCAAGAAGUAACAAAAACGUGGAUGGAGGCGAAGCAGUUCAGAAUUAGCGGAUGGAAGCAGAUCUUGACGGUGAAGUGGAAAAUGAGAUGAAAAAAAUUACUUACUAAUUUUAUUGCAUACAUUCUGAUUGUACUGUUUGCUUUAUUACCGAAGAUUUCCCCUAUUGUGUUUUAAAAAGGGACGCUCCAAGUCCGCUUCAAAUAAACUGACAUUUUCAUUUCCUUAACUUUCCAACCGUUUCUUCUCUUUUGCAUAUUAGAGAGAUACUGGUACAUUGGCCCUUUCUUGAAAUAUUUGGCCCCCAGAAAUGGGUUGUAGGGGCCACUUUGGCCCUCAAGCAGAAUUUUCUGGCUGGAACACUGCUUUUGACACACAGGAAAUAGUAUUUCUAACAGAUUAGUGGAUUGUACUCAGCUGUGCUUAUUUUAAUCUAGUCUUUGUCAGUGUGUCAUUGGUUCUUGUUCAUGUCACUUUAAUUUUAUUGCAGGAAUGCAACUUUGAUCAUGCAAUGUUCUCACCUAAUACAGCAAAUGUGGAUCCUAAAGAUAAUGACGCAGGUAUGCUGCGCGUGUUGAAAGUAAGCUGUUCUCUUCAAAUAUAUCUUUUAUUGUCAAAUUUGUGAACGCUUGUCCACUUGUAUGGAAAACCCGGUACUUCAGGUGAAAAUUCAAAUUGUUGGUCCAUGAUAGGAAGUCUGUUGUCAGGCUAGAAAUGGUCUACCAUUUUUUACCAUUAUUUUUUUUCUUCCCAGAUUUGACAAAUUUUACAGUAACUCGAGACAACCAGCUGCGUUGUUGUGAUGAAAAUCAACGGGUGUGGAUGGCUUUGAGAGGUGCAGGUGUCCAACCUCAUGCUGACCCAUUACAAGACUCUUCUGACACUGAGCAUGUGAUACAAAAUGCCCAUGAUGAUGGGCUGUAUUCCACAACUUUUCCCUGUGUAUCUCAAGCCAUUAGAUGGCUCUUGUCUGGAAAGGAUCCUCACAUUCCGCCAUUGUCUCCUGGUGGUUUUGCAUUACCUGAUUUCAUAUCAAAAGCCACAAGACUUCAGGUCCUGGUAACUGGUAGUAUACAUCUUGUAGGAACAGCCAUGAAAGUACUGGGACCUGAAAUUGUUGGAGAAGUGUAGACUAGAACAUAAAUGUGACAUAACACAAGUGGUAUAUGCUCUAUGUACUGUACUCAUUAUUUACAAGAAUUAGGUAUUCACUUCAAUAUAAUAGGUGUCACGGAAACUAAAAUCACCAAUUCUAAUGAGAAUACAGGCCUUUCAAACAUACCCGGUUACGUUUUUGAACACGUUCCAACACAACUAGCAUGUGGUGGUGUAGGCCUCUUUGUCGAUGAAACACUUAGUUAUUCAGUUUAAGAAAAAACUUCCGCCGAAUCUUUCCAGGCAUUGUGGAUAGAAGUUUCUUUUGUUAAGAAGAAAAACGUAAUCUGUGGAGUCUUAUACCGUCAACAUAAUUCUCCAGAGAGCUUUCUUAAAUACUUGGAAGAGACUAUCAACCAAUUUACUUCGACAGGAAAGAACUUAUGUCUCUUAGGUGAUUUUAAUUUAUGUCUACAAAAAAUCGAAACCUGUAAUUACAGUCGCGACUUCUUACUGGUCUUCAAAGUUGUUAUCUCCUUCUAACUGUUGACAAACCAACACGUGUUCACAAAAAUUCUCCAAGCUUAAUCGAUAACAUUUUUGUGAACAAUCCUGAGCAGGUGCUAACCAGCGGGAAUCUCAUUACUGAUGUCAGCGAUCAUUUUUCGCAAUUUUGUAUUUUGACAUCAGCAAGAGAUAAAAUUAAACGGAAGCAAAUUAAAAAACGCGAUCUUUCGCAUUUCAAUCUCGAUAGUCUUAACAGCGACCUUGCUACGAUCGACUGGAGUUGCAUCAUUAAAACGCACGCAAAUAAUGUAGACGAGCUAUUUUCAACUUUCUAUAGAAAUUUUAAUAAAAUUAUAAAUAAACAUGCACCGAUUAAAACCCUUUCUCAACGUAGGAUUAAACAAUUUUCUAG